AUGACUUUGCACCUUUUUAUAUAUAUAUAUGGAGAGGUGCCAGUUACUAUGGUAUAUAAGAGUGACACAUGUAUGUUUAAAAUUCUGCAUGAUUCUGGUGUAGAUAGGGUUUUCUUUUGUCCCUUUAAUCACCCCUCUUUUGUAUCUCCCCAGUACCUUUAUUUUGUGUUCUUUGUCUCUGUAGCCUUCUCUCGUUCUCUCGAUAUCUUGCUAGAUCAGAAGCACAAUCGAGCCAAUGAUCAAAGACAUACCAUUAUCGAAAAAAAAAACAGAUCUCCAGGUUCACUCGGUGUUCUGCAAAUGUGUUCCAACAUGAGCUUUCAUGAUAAAGGACAGCUUCCUAGAUUUUUGUGGAAGUCCAGCAUGAAUCAUAAAGUUCUCAAAUACCCUAGGAUUAUGCGAUUGAUAUCUCAAUAUGAUAUCCAUAUAAUAUACUACACAGCUCUGUAUGUUGAUUGGGAUUUACAAGCUUACAAAUUUGUACAAAUAUUAUAG